AUGGACGCUGACCAUUUGGCUGUGCAAGCUAUCUUUCCGUAUCUAGCCGGUGGAUCAGCAAUUUGCUGUGUUCUAAAUAUUGCUAUUGUUACCGUGAUCGCGAAGAACGAGUCGUUAAGAGGGAAUUUUUACAAGAUCUCUGUAGUACAGACCAUCAUGGAGCUCCUCUGGGCCCUCGUCUUCUUCGUCCUGAUCCUCCCCUCACAAAUCGGCUACUACGCAAUCACAUUCGAGCAGAGCGACUUUCUCACGGCAAUCGCGCAGCCAGUACGAAUGCUUCUCUUUACGGCGGCAAUCCUGACGACGAUUGAGAGGGUUACGAUAGCACAUGCACCGGAAGUGGGCUGGACCCUGUUUCGUCGUGGGCUGAUCCUAGCUCUGAUCUUUGUUAUCCCCACUUUUCUCGUCGCCAUCAUCUUUCGUGAUCGAGACGAGUGGACGUCGAGAGUGGAUUUUACAGAAUGCGAUACUACGAUCGACUGCGUACUCGAGUUCAUCCUAGAAGGAGCCCUGUUUGCCCUGACCAUCGCCGCCGUCAUCUCGUUUGUAUUGACAAUGAUUGGAGCGAUAAAGAGUGGAAGCAAGGAGGAAAAACAUGCCCACGCCAUCGCCACCACAAUCGUGAUCAUCGACUACGUUCCACUACUAUGUGAAUCUGUCCGGAGUGUCAUUGCCUUUCGAUUGCAUCGAGUCUUCGAUUUUCGAUUAGACAAUAGCUUGUUUAUUGCCAGUGUGAUCACCCUAACCCUGAGCUCCUGCCUCCGCCCCUUGCUGCUCGCCAUCUUCGAUCCGCAGAUCCGGGCCCUCCUUUUUGCUCAUCUCUGCAAUCAGUGCAGAACAUCGUCAAUCACUAGUCACCAAGCUGAUGCUCCGUCGAACGCUAGUCACGGAGCUCACCACGGAGGCGCUUCGGUGAAGACAAACGCUGUUGGGGAGGUGCAAAAAGCGCCAAGGCGCCUCACGCCAUUUCCGAUCUCAUCCUCAUUCCGUUGCCGUACGCUGCGCUACUUUGGCGAAAAUAGGCGGCUAACGGGAUUAACCUCCUAUAAUGCGACCGGAAUGGCCAAAUCCGAUACAACCGCCUCGUUCCAUUGCCAUGAUCACGAUGAGAAGAAAGAGGACGAGAAAAACCGAAAAGCAAGACGAAUCCUGUGGAUCUCCGUCCUGAUUUGUUUGCUGUUCAUGAUUUGCGAAGUUGUCGGAGGGAAAAUUGCUAAUUCGUUGGCCAUUAUUACUGAUGCCGCGCAUUUGCUAACCGAUCUCGCAUCGAUGCUGAUCUCUCUCUUCUCCCUGUACAUCGCCAACCGCCCCGCCAACCAGAAGAUGAGCUGGGGAUUCCAUCGAGCAGAAGUCCUCGGUGCCUUCUUCUCCGUUUUCCUGAUCUGGGUGGUCACCGGCGUUCUCGUGGUGCUGGCGAUUAGCCGGAUAAUCAAGGGUGAUCACGAGGUGGAACCAAAGAUUAUGGCGAUCACGGCCAGUCUCGGUGUGCUCGUCAACCUGAUUAUGGGAGCCCUCCUGUUCUUCGGCGGACACUCCCAUUCUCACGGUGGAGGUGGACACGGCCAUAGCCAUGGAGGAUCCCCGAAAAAGAACAAGAAGAAGCAGCAAAAGGACAUCGAAAGCGCGCACGGGCACAGCCAUGAAGGAGGGCAUGGCCAUAGCCACGCUGGUGGACAUGGACACAGUCAUGGAGGAGGACACGGACAUAGCCAUAGUGGAUCUGAUGCAUCGCAUGAGACUGAGGCUCAAAAUACUGCACAUGGGCAUAGCCAUGAGGAGAAGGAGUCUAAAGGGCAUGCUCACGAUGGUGCCAACAUCAAUGUCCGCGCCGCCUUCAUCCACGUCCUCGGCGACCUUAUUCAAAGUGUCGGUGUACUGAUCGCUGCGCUCGUUAUUCUCUUUGUGCCCUCCUGGACGAUCCUCGACCCAAUUUGCACGCUCAUCUUUUCCGUCAUCGUCCUCAGCACGACCAUCUACAUUCUCAGGGACGCGCUGGUGGUGCUCCUUGAAGGCCGCCCGGCCUCCGUCGACUUCAGCGAGGUGAUCCAGUCCCUCCAGUCGAUUCCUGGCAUCGAGAAGGUGCACGAUUUGAGGAUAUGGGCGCUGACCAUGGAUAAGGUGGCCGUUUCCGUACAUCUUGAAGUUACUGACGAGCGCGACUCCCAGCGCAUCCUCCGGGAAACCAGAGCCAUGCUCAAACGGGAGCACAACGUACACGAAUGCACCGUUCAGAUUGAGACGUACUCCUCCGAAAAAGACGAUUGCCACCGAUGCGUGCCGCUCAAAAAA